AUGGCUGCCACCAUUGCUUCAGUCGGCUCAAGCUACGAUCGGCAAUCGGAGCUCAAAGCUUUUGACCAAACAAAAAUCGGCGUCAAAGGCCUCGUCGAUGCCGGAAUCUGGAAAAUCCCUCCCAUCUUCUUCCACCCACGGGAAACAACUCCCAAAAUAUCCACCGUUGCUAUCAAGAUUCCGGUCAUGGACCUUCAAUCGACCCAUACAGCAUCGAUGCUGUCAAGAUUCUUGUUAAUGUGUUAUCUGGUUAUUGCUAUUGCCAAUUCAAUCAGCUCCAGUAACCUGUUCUGUGAUUGUGUCCAGGGAUCCAACAUUUUGGAAGCUGACAACCUUAAGAAUGGACUACUACCAAGAGUGGUGGAUGAACUCUUUGAUUCUAUAAACUUUUGUGGUGAAGAAACUGCUUACAAGAUCAAACUUUCAAUGAUCUCGACACUAGAUGGAGAAGAAGCAUUAAAAGUCUUAUGUGGUGGGAUAGCUAACAGAGCUGUUGGAGAGACUCAGAUUAAUGCUGGAAGCAGUAGAAGUCAUUGCAUGUACAUGUUUACUAUUCGGAAAGAAGUAACAAAUGAGAACAGGGUGAGCAGUGGAAAGGUUGUUCUUGUGGAUUUGGUAGGAUAUGUGAAGGUUGAGAAGACAGGUGCUGAAGGGAAAGUUCUAGAAGAAGCCAAAUCCAUUAACAAAUCACUUUCUGCACGUGGAAAUAUUUUGGAAUUUGUACAUGGUGACAAAAGUGUGGCAGAAUUGAUGGAUGUUGGGAGACAAGUUUUAGGAAGGAGACAACUUCUUCCAACAGUUCCACACCUUUUGGAUUCUGUCCAGGUAGAGGGAACCUUUCCUGAUGGAACAAAGUUAAUUACUGUACAUGAUCCAGUAUCCUAUGAAAAUGGAAAUCUUGAAAUGGCUUUACAUGGAUCUUUUCUUCCAGUUCCUUCACUUGAAAAGUUUCCAAAUAUAGAAAGUUGUAAGCUUCCUGGAGAACUAAUCUUCAGACAUGGAUAUACAAUGCUUAAUUCUGGAAGGGAGGCAGUAGUCCUUAAAGUAACUAACAAUGGAGAUAGACCAAUACAGGUUGGAAGCCAUUAUCAUUUUAUCGAGGUCAAUCCAAGUUUGAUUUUUGAUCGAAGAAAAGCAUAUGGCAUGAGAUUAAAUAUACUCGUAGGAACAGCUACCAGAUUUGAGCCAUGGGAUGCAAAAUCUCUCACCCUUGUAAAAAUUGGUGGCAUGCAAGUAAUAAGAGGAGGUAAUGCAAUCGUAGACAGCCCUGUCACUGAUUCCAAUGUCAAAACUGUAAUAGAAUCAGCCCUGUCACUAGCUUACAAAAUGGCAUGUCAGACAUAUGCAAAUUGA